AUCAAAUAAAAGUAGCUUCUUCGUUAUUCAUAUCAUAGUAGAUUAGGAACUGAGUAAAAUGGACGUGUUAUUUAUUAGUAUAAUCUUAGCAAUUUUUUGUUCAUCCAUUGAAGGGGUAAAACCUAAAAUUCAAAAUGCUUUGGUUUAUUUAUCUCAAUAUGGUUACUUGGAGCCAAAUGCUAUGGGUAAUAGCUCUUUAGUGAACGGUAAAACCUUCAAGAAAAGCAUUAAGGAAUUUCAGUCUUUUGCUGGGAUACCAACCACAGGAAAAUUGGACAAACUCACUAUGAAAAUGAUGAGCGAACCAAGAUGUGGUAUGAAAGAUACAACAGGAAGGUCAAAGAGACAAAAACGAUUUGCAAUUCAAGGAAGCAGGUGGAAGACGAAACAGUUGACUUACAAAAUAUCUAAGUAUUCGAGUAAACUUGGAAGAGAAGAAAUAGAUACAAAUAUACAAAAAGCCUUCAAUUUAUGGUCGAAGUACACAGAUUUAACUUUCGAACCAUCCAGUCGAGGUAAAAUAGAUAUCAGAUUCGAAGAAAGACAGCAUGGUGAUGGUGAUGCCUUCGAUGGACCUGGAGGAACUCUGGCACAUGCCUAUUUUCCUCAAUACGGUGGUGCCACCCAUUUUGACGAAUCAGAACCUUGGAUGAUCGGUGCUGGUUCUGGAAUAGAUUUAUACCAGGUGGCAGCGCAUGAGUUUGGUCAUGCCCUUGGACUCAGUCAUUCUGACCGAAAGGAUGCUCUUAUGGCGCCCUUCUAUAAAAGAUCAUGGACGAACGAUCUCUACGAUGAUGAUAUACAGGGCAUCCAGAGAUUGUACGGUGGAAAAUCUGGGGGAACACCAGCAACACCACCCGAGGCACCAGCAGCACCACCACCAAAAACACCACCUCCACGCAGAAAUAGGCCAAGAUUGCCAGGGGGUUGGUUCUUCCCUAGAAGACGUUGGAUUAUCCGAACAAGAAGACGUUGGUACUUUCCACAAGGGAAUCGUAGGGUUUUCUAUGGGUGAAACUAAAUUGGAGCAUGUUGUUGUUUCAGACAAGACUUACUUUUUAUCAAAUAUUGUCUUAAGUUGAAUACAAAUUUGGAAAUA